GUGUGUGUGUGUGUGUGUGUGUAUAGACGAGAUGAGCUGACCUUGGAUCGCACUCGUGUCGGUGCCGUCGGUGCAUGAGCUGCUUUCCCACGGACACAUAUUAUAUAUAUUAUAUUAUAUAUAUAUAUUAUAUUAUAGUGUGUGGAUGCGGCUCGGGGAGCUCUGUUUCUUUUUGAAUGGUCGGGUCGUGAAACAUGAGCAGCAUGAAUCCUCCGUGCUACUCCGUGGCCGUGGACCUAGGCGUCUGCCACAUGAGACACUUCUCCAUCUCCUUUCUGUCCUCGCUGCUGGACGCAGACAGCGGACACGUGAAGCUCGACAAAAGCUCGUCAGGAGCCAGCGUUGUGGCCAUAGACAACAAGAUAGAACAAGCAAUGGACCUGGUGAAGAGUCACCUGAUGUACGCCGUGCGUGAGGAGGUGGAGGUCCUGAAGGAGCAGAUCAAGGAGCUGAUCGACCGUAACUCGCAGCUGGAGCAGGAGAACACCCUGUUGAAGACCCUGGCCAGUCCUGAGCAGAUGGCCCAGUUCCAGGCCCAGGUUCAGACCGGCUCCCCGCCCGCCGCUCCGACGGCCGCCACACCGGGACCCCCGAGCAGCGGCGCCCUCGCCCAGCUCACCUCGCACAGCUCUGGCCCAUCAGCGUAGCCUGCUCUUCACAUACAGACAGACAGACAGACUGACUGACUGAUGGACAGCUUUUUUCAGCUCUGCUACUGCAGCAGAGCUAAACCUCGCCUUCUGCAGCAGGAGGUUCCGCUGUCAAGACAAGAAUUUGCACAUAUUUAUCUCUCAGAAGGAUGCAUCCGGCGGCGAGGAGCAGCGCGGCGGUGGAGGGCGACAAUCUAGAGAUGCUGUGUGGGAGGAAUCGUUUCAGAGGAGGAUUGAAUCAUCGAACAUUUGCCAAAUAACCCUUGGACAUAUCAACUAGAAUGUCAUACCAAGAAGAAACAAAACUGCUUAUCAGUGGUGACAAUAUACAUAGAUAUAGAUUCAAAAGAAAAAAAUCACUGUGCCUGUGUCUGGAUUUUAAGUGAUGUCGAUUUUACUGAGGAUGACGAUGGAGGAGUAGGAGGAGGAGGAGGAGGAGGAGGAGGAUUGUACUAGUUGUUACUUUUUUUUUUUUUUUUUUUUUUGCUGAAUGAUGUAAAUAAGUGGUUCUCUCUCUCAAGGCUAAAUCGUACAGUUACAGGCUUGGAGAUUUGAGAGAGAGAGAGAGAGAGAGAAAAAAAAAAAAGCCUUUUCAGCGUGACAAAUGAAGAAUGUGAGCAAUUAUUAUGACAAAGUCCCCAUCUGGAAUGGGGGAGUCAGGGUGGGGGGGGGGGUGGAGGGUGGUAAGGUAUUUUGAACAACACAUGGCAGCAUUGAUGACGUUACUUCAACUGUGGGUUGAUGGGAUGAACAAAAAAAGAAAACCGUGGUUUCCUAUUGAGAUGAUGAUGAUGAUGAUGAUGAUGAUGAUUUUCAGUAUUUCUCUUUCAAGCUCCUGAUAUUUUGCCCUCGACGAAGCUCAUCAUUGCUGUUUUUUUUUCUCAACCCUGCAGUGGCAUGUCAUUUAAAAACCUUAUUUCACAGGGUUGAGACUUUGGGCUAAGCUGCAUAUUUUUUUUUUUUUUUUUUUUUCCUAAAAGUUUGACGGGCAGAAAGAUGAUGUAUAUUUCUGUAUAGUGUAAGUACCAUGUAAAAUAGUGAGGAGAAGGAGAACAAAACAACAGAGGUUAUCUUGGUCACACGGAUCAGAAGCGGGUGAGCGAGGAAGGUGCUGGUCUUGCCCCCCCCCCCCCCAACCCCCCUCCCCCGCCUGUGUCGUCUAUUUUUAAUGCUGUAUUUUUCAAGGCUGCGGAUGGACAGGAGUUUAGGUUAUUUAACUGACAACACACAGCCAACAAUGUUGUCCAUAUCCCUCACUGCAACAAUAACAAUGACUGGACUGUAAAAUCAUUUUCACUUCUUUUCUUUCCGGAGUAUUGCACCUUUUAUGAUUUUUUUUUUUUUUUUUUUUAUUUGACAGUGAAGUACUUUUUGGAUGAACAAUAUCUUAAAGCUCAACAUUUAAAAAAACAAAACAAAAAAAAACGACUCUUGAGAAGUUUUUGUUUUUUCAUUCUGUAUAUCGGUUGUAUACUCGUGUUCUGUGCAUGUUUCUGCAAAGACCGGAUGAGAUAUUGUAACUUACAUACCACAAUUGCACUUGACAGCUGCACUUCAAAACUUUCAAUAAACAUGCUUAAGGAAUAAUAA